AUGUCAGGAAUAAUCACAACGAUCUUUAAGAUCUUAUUGUCAGUUAUUGUAACUGUUGUACUAGGCCUGUCAUCUGGCUUAGUGACGAGAAGCAGUAUUAAUACAUGGUAUCCAACACUACACAAGCCAUGGUUCAACCCUCCUAACUGGCUGUUCCCUGUUGCCUGGACCAUACUUUAUAUACUGAUGGGUAUUGCCGCAGGACUUGUCUGGUCUGACAUUCACACCGAUCCUGAAGCAAAGCCAGCUCUCAAAUUCUAUAUUGCUCAGCUAGUCUUGAACAUGCUAUGGAGCUUUAUCUUCUUUGGAUGCCAAUCACCAGGCUUGGCUUUGUCUGAGAUCAUUACUCUAUGGAUUGCUAUCUAUAUUACUAGACACCAAUUCCAACAAGUGAGUGGAUUGGCCGGACUACUUUUCCUCCCAUACCUUCUAUGGGUGUCGUACGCAUUGUUGUUGAAUGCUGCUAUUUGGUGGUUAAACUAA